UGCAACAAUGAUGGAGUCCCCCCCUCUAUUCAAUAGUGUUGAAGAUGAAUGUCGUUACUGGAAGGAAAGAGCUAAACUCUACCACAAAGAGUGGACAGAUGUUAAGCAAGAGUAUGACGAAUACGUAGAACAAUCUCGGGAAAUGGAAGCCGAAAUGGAUGCUACAAUUGAUCAGAAAACAGCAACAAUAAAAGAUCUCAGGUUUAAGUUAACCUCAUUGGAAAAAGAAAAUGAAUCACUUAAACGUAAACUCGAAUCACAUAAUAUAGAAUUUGCCAAUGUUGAAAAACAAUUGGAAAAUGUAAAGCUAGAACGAGACUCAAUGAAAGAUUACCUGCGCCAAUUGGAACAGAAAAACGACGACCUAGAAAGGGCACAUCGCAUUCUAAAUGAAAGCAUUGUCGACUUCGAAAGAAUGUUGGAUAAAGCUUAUGAAAAGAAUGCCCUGCUCGAAAUGGAAGUUGAUGAGAAAGAAGUUUUACAGGAAAAAUUACAGCGGUUAAUGGAUGAAACAAGAGAUCUUAAACAAGAACUUAAUGUGAAAACCCGUUAUACCACACCCAAUGGCACACAACAAAAUGGCCUCAGUCCGGCAUCGGAACUGAAUACACCCAAUGGUAUAAAUGGUGAUAUUAUGUCACAUAGUGAAAUGGCCACAUCAGCUACAUCAGCCAAUAAUGUUUUAAUAAACAAUACCAACAAUACAACAAAUCCACAGACAGCAAACAUAAAUGAAUAUCAGCUACAACAGCGUUCAUUGAAAAGAAAACCAUUUGUCGAUCCGGAUAAUUUACUUAAUGGCAAUGCAGCAAUGACCGCUUCUUCACGUACAACUGCAUUAAAUAUUGUUGCCGAUAUGCUCAGAAAAAUCAAUUUGGAUAAAGCACUUUUGUGUCAUCAGUGUGAACGAUUUCGUUGUAUAUGUGAACGUCGUAUACCAAGUGAUUUGGUAACAAAUGCCACUAGCCUGGUGGACAACCGAACAUCCCAAAAAUCGAUAGACACUUUAAAUUGUAAUAGCCUACCAAAUGCAAGUGAGGAUUCUACGGACAACAAUAACGUUUUACUGAGACGUUCAGCCAGUCGCAGUAAUACAAGUUUGAAUUUCGGCACAAAUAUUUUUAAACGUUUCGCCGAACGUAUGAGUGCCAAUAAUAAUUUUUUUGUCACCAAUAUGAGAACGUCAUCGCAUUCGAUAAACGAGGUACAAAGUGAUCCACGAUAA